ACCCUGCGCACAUACCGUCAGGGUAUAUUCUAAAACAUUGUGAAUUUACAACUCCAAUAGGUAACAAAAUGUUACGUAGCUGUAGUUUUCAUGUGCAUUUUUCUUGUUUGAGUGACAUGAGAAGCUCUUUAUAUGUCAAAGUCCAUUUUCCCCCCAGUCUGUUGGUCCGCAUCCUUUGCACACUCUCUUCUUGGCUAAACCGGGCAGCCUUCCUUCCAGAUGCUGGCUCUCAUCGGGACCUCUCUGUUUCUCAGUGACCAUGUGGACUCCCCACGAAGCCUCCAACCAGACCCAGGCCAGCUUUCUCCUGAAGCCCCUGCUGGGUGGCCAAGUGCAGGGGAGGAACAGCACCAACUCCACCAGGUCCCUGGAGGUGCCAGACGGGACGAGCGCCGCCUGGUACAUCCUCACCAUCAUUGGCAUCUAUGGGGUGAUUUUCCUCCUCCGGCUGGCCAGCAACAUCCUCAGAAGGAAUGAUAAGUCCUUGGAAGACAUUUAUCACUCAAAUUUGGCCUCUGAACUCAAAAAGAAAGGGCUCCAGAGCAGGGUAGCCAAAUGCUCUGCACUGACCAUUAGCAACAGAGCUGCCCUGCAGCCUGACCAGGCCAGCCCGGGGCCAAAGUGUGGAAACAGCAGACCCCAGACCGGAACCCAGGAGAUCCCUUGA